AUGUCUAAUUCACCUGUGGUUUUGAUUUGUAUUUAAAAUCCAGACUUCAUUAAUAUAACUGUGACUCAUGUCUAUUCAAACUUUAUACAAUUUGGAACAAUAGAAAAAGUAAAUCAAUCAUUCAUAUUUAUAGAUUUUAAUCUUUGAAAGAAAUAAGCCAAUUUGGAAAGCAUUAGUAUAGUUCGAGACCUAAAAGUCUGCAGAAAAUGCAUUGUAACUUAAUAAUACAAUAAUGCAUGGCCUGUCAAUUUUAGUGUAUGAAUCUAAUCGUAAAGGACUUGACUUUUAAGCUCGCAAUUAAUAUGCAAGAUGUACUUGCCUUUUAUUUAAUAAGAGAUUAUAUUGCCCAAUAAACCUAAGGCAUAGUACAUUCUACAGAACUUCCACGAAAUGAUUAGUUUAGUAAAUGGUUGCCACAUUCAUAAGUAUUACCUUAAUCUCAAACUGGAAUGCCUCCUUUGCCUAGUUAGUUAGUAGAUACAUUAAACUUUGAAAAAGUUGAUGGCAAUUCUUAAUAUGAUUCAGAGGAAGAAGCAACAGAUGAUAAAUAGGAGGAUUUGUAAUAAAUUUAUAUGAUUAAUAACCCCCUGCAGUUCCCAACAAUUUGUUAAUACAAUUGACAAUAAUUUAACAUAGCUUUUAAAAUUCUCUGAAGGACAUCGCAUAUGUACAUCUUAGUAACUUCCAAGCAAUAUGUAAGUAGAGAAGCAAAUAUUUUAAUCUGAAAUUCUUCCUCAAAGUAUAAUUAUUAUUAUCUUUAGAAAAACUUAUAACAAAAGUACUUUAUGCAAAUUGGUUUGAUCCAAAGUAAACAACUAUGUCUAUGAUCUAUAACAUUUUUAGUACUUUUGGGAAUAUACAAAAAAUGAUAUUUUUUAAAACUAAAUGUAACGUUUUGAUAGAAUACUCAACAGAAGUAAGUGUAAAGUUUCUGUUAACAAACUUCAAUGAAGGGAAUCCAACAUUGUUUGGGUAAAAAUUAAAAGUAAAUUCUAGUGUUAAUAUUAGGUUUAUCCAUCAAAUUAUGAAUUCAUAUUCUUUAGAAAUUGUGAGGAAGGUUAAUUACCAAAGAAUACUGAAGAGGAAGAAUUUUAUCUUGGGAAUGAAGGUUCAUUUAGAUACAAAGAUAAUAAUUUUAAAUAUUUGGUGGCACCAUCAUAGUAAAUAAUGUUGACAAAUCUGAAAAAGGAGUUUUGUGAAGAAGGCAUAAUUUAUGAUAUAUUUUCAAAGUUUGGUGUAAUUGAAAAAAUAAAGUAUUGUUUUAUUUAUUUAAAAUAGAAUAUUUUGUGAAGAGAAGAAUAAAAAUAAAUGUUUAAUUAAAUAUCAAGAUUUAGAAUCUGCUAUUUAGGCUAUGGCAAUAAUGCAUAAUUAUGAAUACAAUAAGAGAAAAAUUCAGAUUUUCUUUUCAAAAAAUAAAUCAUGA